UCUCUCUCUCUCUCUCUAAGGCAGAGGAGCUGUGGAUAACUAACUCUCCGAUAGACAACACUUCCAAGUGCUCAUAGGCUUCUAGCUCAUAAACACAGUCCUCCAUCCUGGUACCAUUAUGAACGAGUUUGGACUUAUCCUUGAGGAAAUUGGGGGGUUUGGAUUAUUCCAGAAACGCUUGUUGAUAACAUUAUUCAUUUUGAACACUAGUCUUGGUUUGGAUGUGUUUCUUUCAAUUUUUACUGGGAUGAACUUCCCCCACCACUGCAACACGGACUGGAUAAUUGCCAUUGGCCCUAACUUGACAUCUGAAAAGCAGCUCAACCUCACCGUCCCCACUGGAGAAGAUGGGAGGUAUGAAAGCUGCACGAUGUUCAAACCUGUGGACAUGGAUUUGGAAACAAUUGAAGCAUACGGGAUUAAUAGUACCACGAAAUGCCAUGACGGAUGGGUUUACGAUAAACCUGAAAGAUCCUCCAGUUAUGUAACAGAGUUUAAUCUAGUGUGCGACAACAGUCUUUUAAAUGAGGCAACACAGACCAUCUACAUGGCAGGUCUUUUGGUCGGAGCGCUGGUGUUUGGACCAAUGGCCGACAGGCUUGGCCGUCGGUUUGUGGUCCUCCUCUCCAUGUGUCUCCAGCUCCUGUUUGGUGUUGGCUCUGCCUUUGCUCCACACAUAUAUGUGUACAUGGCUUUUCGGUUCGUAGUUGCUACCGCAGCAUCAGGGAUUUUAAUUAAUGCAUUUGUAUUAGGGGCAGAGUGGACCAGUACCUCUAAAAGGGCCUUCGUUACAAUCUCUGCACACACUUUUUUUGCUGUCGGACAGUUGGUGAUGGCAGGCGUUGCCUACUUUAUCCGUGAUUGGAGGAUUCUGCACCUAGUGUUCUCAGGCCCUCUGGUCCUGGCACUUCCAGCCGUAUACUGGCUCCUGCCUGAAUCCGCCCGAUGGCUCAUGACCCAGGGAAGGAUGAAGGAGGCACGUAAAGAGGUCCUGAGGGCAGCCAGGGUGAAUGGAAGAACAAUCUCUGAAGCCAUGCUCAGCCAGUUGGAGUCUGAGAACACAUCAAAAACUGGAAGCAUGCCGGACUUGUUUAGGGUGUCUUAUUUAAGGAAACGGGUUCUCAUCAUGAACUCUUUGUGGUUCGCAACAAGUGUGGUUUACUUUGGAGUCAGCCUAAAUGUUGAAAAUUUUGGCUUGGAUAUCUACCUCACUCAGUUCAUAUUUGGCCUUGUAGAAAUCCCUGCACGCAUGGGCAGUAUUUUAUUCCUUGAGUACUUUGGGAGGAGAAAAAGUCAAGCAGCAGCCUUGUUCGGGGCCGGCACUGCUUGCCUUGUGAUCCUUGCUAUUCCAAAGGACCUUCCUGUGGUUGUGACGGUCAUCGCUGUACUUGGGAAGUAUGCUGCUACAUCUUCCUUUACUAUGCUCUAUGUGUUCACUGCAGAGCUGUACCCCACUAUCCUCAGGCAGAGUGGGGUAGGGCUGAACUCCACGUGUGCUCGUAUCGGGGGCAUCCUAGCCCCUCUCAUCAGGCUGCUAGAUGUGUACCACUCUGCCAUCCCUAUGGUGUUGUAUGGCACCAUUCCCCUCAUAGGCGGGAUCCUCUGCUUUCUACUGCCAGAGACCCUCAACACGGAACUUCAGGACCACCCCCAACAAAGAACCAAAAAGGAUGCUGAUGCUGAAUGUCAUGAUAACCCAUCAACUGGAAGCACAAAGUUCUAAAUGAUUUCCCAAUCUGUUAAUCUGUUGUAUGAUUGUACUUAAAUCAUACUUAAUAAAGGUAAUAGUGGCUAAUGCCAGCCACCAAGCUAA